AUGUCCUUUACCGCCCUCCGCGCAGCGCGCGACGCCCGGCACGCGCCCCAGCGUCGUGUGGCUUCGUCACUGUCUGCGGGCGCUGACGAGGCUCGUACGGCUGAGCGGCCGGACACACAAUCCGCCGCGCGCAGCGCCCCCGAUCCAGAGGACGCUGCGCUCUUCCCCGAGCUCUCCGACACGCCGCUCGAGGUCCGUCAGACCGCGAACCACGGGAGGGGGCUGUACGCCCGCCAAGCGAUUUCACCGGGCACGACUCUCCUUCGUACAACCCCGCUCUCCGUCCUCUCCACCUCGCACCUUUUGACACACUGCAGUUUCUGCCAUGCAGAGACAAAAGUAUCUCGAUGUGCGAGAUGUAAGGCUCUGCACUACUGCUCUUCAAAGUGCCAGAACGCCGACUGGAGCGACCAUAAGCCCGAAUGCGCAGCCCUAACUCGCCUUCGAAAGAUGUGGGCCGCGACAUACCCGGAAAAGGCGCGGAGGGGAGAGAACGGCUUCGUCCCGCACGAAGCUAUCCGAGGCCUAGGGAGGCUGUGUUGGUCUCGCCAGAGAGGAAAAAUGGGUUGGGCGCAGGUGGCAAGGAUGGAGAGUCAUGCCGGCCAAAGCCAAGACCUCGGACUGGGAAACCAGGUCAACCAUCUCCGCCACUACCUCGGUGCGGCGGAAGGUGAAGGCGACCUCCUCCACCCGGCCGAUAUGGCAAGCUUUGGAUUCAACAGCGCUAGGGAAUUGCUCGACCUCGCCUCGGCGUUCGCUGUGAAUUCAUUCACGCUAUCCACGCCCGACCUCACGCCUAUCGGUGUGUCCACGUCCCCGCUCGUCGCGCUGUGCAACCACUCAUGCUGGCCUAACGCCGUCGUCGUUUUUCCCUCUGGUAGAGAGAUGUGCGUUGUCGCCAUUGCGGAUAUCGCGGCCGGUGACGAGAUCCUCACGGCGUACAUCGACGUCUCGCUACCGCUUGCUGAGCGGCAGACCGACCUACAUGCGCGGUAUGGGUUUGCGUGCGACUGCUCGCUUUGUAUCAACGGCGAAGAUUGGCCUGAUCCGCGGUGGAGCGUCCUGCAUCCUGGAUGUGGAGGUAUUGCACCGAUGCCUGACCUCUCGCUCCCGGACGACGCAGAGGUACUCUGCACCUGCGGCCAGACCUUUACCACCCCUAUACCGUCGCUCCGCGGCCUCAUAGAGGCCGGAAAGCGCCUCCUCGCAGCCGACGAGGACGGGGAGCUGGACCGCGACGCUGCCAUAUCCCAACUAUCCACGCUCGUCCCGGCCCUCAGUGCACGUCUGCCGGCCAGCGCACAUCCCCUCCUCCCCCUCCUGCGGCUGUAUGCACUGCAGCUGACGCCGCCAUCUCGCGAGCAGAGGGCUUUCGUUAUCGGUCUCUUGAGCCAGGCAGCGGCGGGAGCGCGCGCAGCACACCCGCCCAACCACCCCAAUGUGGGGGUUAUCCUCGCCGAGCGCGCAAAGAUCAUGGCUAUGGAUUCGGGAGAGGAGCGGGUCAUGCUCGACUCUGCUGGGCUUGCACGGCGUAGAGGCGAGCUUGUCGCUGCCGUCUCUGCACUCCGGGAAGCGGCGGCUGCGUGUGAGGUUGGUUUUGGAGGAGGCGAGGUGGCCAUGUCGAUGCGGGGCUUGGCGGCCGAGUGUGAGCGCGAGGUGGACAUGAUGCGUUAG